GAUCAGUUCACUCUACCCUUCCCGAUUCCAGUCCCAUCCAAGGUCGACACUCUGCUUGGCUGUGAUCGCAGUCGCAGACCAAGCGGCAAUGCCUCCCUUCAAGGAUGAGCAUGUUCUCGUAUGUCUCAUGCAACCCCGUUCCCUCAAACCAGCCUCUUUCCCAACGCAGUUGUUGACCUUAAUCCUUCAAUCUUCUAGAUCAUCGCGCCCGGAUCGCAAAUCACCGCCGCGCAAUUAGGCCUUCCAGAGUCCUUUACCCCUCCCAGAUUUCGGUUUCCUACGCGCAUGUUCCCUGGCAUCAACCCUGGAGAAUGGGAGCCUUUGAAGAUCCGAACCAAGACUGUAACGACUCAGAAACCAGUCCAACCUUCCACCAACGGCGAAGCAUCAAAGCCUGAGAUCCCAAAUGGUGACGUUGCCCCUUCUACCGAUGUGGAAAUGAAGGAGGCGCCUCCUGAGGCUCCCCCGGCAGACGUACCGACUGCUCCUGAGGCCGACGUCCCCGUCUCAGUCCAGGAAGAGCCCCAGGCAAACCAACCAGAAGGAACCUUACCCGACGCGCCAAAGUUAGAACCUGAGGAAGCGACCCAAGAAAUACCACCUGAAGUACCUCAAGAUGGCGAAACUGCCGCUCAAGAAGAAGCCCCUGCAGAAAUCGAAGAAGAAACCACAGAAGUCUACGAGGACGAUCACUGGUCGGUUGAAGGCGCGGUUUAUCCUAUUCGAGAUGGCCGUAUCGAAAAUUGGUCUUGCUUCUUUGCUCUGUUGUCGCAUAUCUACAACAUGAUUUCUCCUCCCUUUCACAUGCCGGUCUUGUUUAUCUCGCAGCCUUGUUGGUCAAGCCGUGAUAAGGAGAUGAUCACUCAGUAUGUAUUUGAGAACUGGAAGAUUCCGGCGUUCUGCCUCAUGGAUGCUGCUCUGACUGCCGCAUACGCGUACGGAGUUCCAAAUGCACUGGUUGUUGAUGUUGGUCAUGGUAAAAGCGAUGUGACUGCGGUGACCGACUUUCAAAUCAACGAUGCUGGUCGCGGUGUGGCGAUUUCCCAAACUGGUGGCGAAGCAAUGACGAAGAGGCUACAACAGCUGUUGGCCGACCGGGGUUUCACUGAUGAUAUGGCCGAGCAACUGAAACGGAGUCCAAUCUGCGAGAUUCUUCCUCUAGGUUAUGCGUUACCAACUUCUACCGAGAAUGGAGUAGCCAACAACCCCGCUGCCGCUGCAUCGACAGGUGCCCUAGAUUCAGGAUCUAAUAUCAGAGAUUCUGAGGGCCUUCGUCCGGGCCAGGUACCUCGUGGACCAGGAUUUGGAACUGCGGUGGGUGAAGAAAAUGGCAAUGGUGAUAACGAAGACGAUGAUGGAGUUCUUGACGUUGCAGCAAUCGUCGCGCGUGAUAAUGCCGCCGAGCUACUUGCCAAGCGAGAGAAGGAGAAGGCAGAAAGAGCCGCAGCGAAAAAGGGUGGUGGAGCGGAGCCUCCAAAACCGGCUCGGUUACGAAAUUCCGAAAAGACUCGUGCAUCUUUCACCUACGUGGAACUGCUCCCCAUUGAAGAAACAGAAGACGAAACAGCCGUACCAACAGCUCGCAAGCGAAAACGCGAAAUAGAAGUUGGAUUGGAGCGAUUCAUGGCUGCAACUCCAGCACCUGGUUAUGCGGAUGGCAUCGUGGAUACUAUUGCGGAAGCCAUCCACCACACCGUUCUCAGUGUUCCUGAAAUUCAAUCCCGAUCUGCUCUGUGGGACAACUUGAUCAUUCUGGGCAACGGCAGUCGGAUAAGAGGAUUCACCCAUGCUCUCCUUACUACCCUCAAUGCACGAUAUGUACUAUCUCCUUCGACAGCCACCAUCUUCACCUCCGAACUACCUUCGAACUUCACCACCCCCGUUGCAACUCCUGGUACCAAUACCCCGAUCCCAGGCCAAGGAGGAUAUCCCAAUCAUCCUGCCGGUGGGCAUGGGGUGAAUCCUCUCCUGGUAGCGGCAACGAAGAACAUGAUGCAACCCAAUCAACAUCUCCAAGUGUCCGGUCAAAUGAUGCCGGAUCCUAGCAUGCAGCACAGCCAUCGCGGAUUCAGCCAGGUACCCACGUCUAUCAAGACAGUCAAGCCUCCAGAUUAUUUCCCCGAAUGGAAAGACCCCAGUGUAUCAGGAAUGGAAGAGGCUUCCUUCCUCGGUGCCCAAGUUGCAGCCAAGGUGGUCUUUAUUGUCGAUCAAGGAAAUUCCAAAGGCUUUCUCACUAGAAGCGACUACAAUGAACUGGGCCCCACUGGCAUCCACGAUUGUGCCUUGUGAUUUCAGGGAUUUUCUUUCCAAUGUUUUAGGACGACAAGGGGAAAAGUUUGUAACAAUCACCAUUCUGGACUAGAAGGCGCAUGUGAGGGCAGAGCGUGAAGAUCAGCAUUCUUAGAGGCAGGACAUCCCUGAGAGAGGCGAGUCUGUCUUCUCAGGCUGGCCAGGCCAAGGACCCACAUCUCUUGAGCGAAGCACUCAAGAAGCGACACCGGGGAGUUCAGGGUUUGGAAGAAAAAGGGGCCCCUCGGCCUCGUCGUGGGAGGCGGAGGCAUGUUGGUUCUGGGGGUUAUAAGAUGAUGAGAUAUGAAAGGCCCGUCCAGCAUUCACCAAGAAGAUUUUGAUGGACGGGACAAUGAGAAGAGCUACCGACUGCUCAAGUACUGGAUAGGUAGAUGAGUCGACUGGUAGAAGCAAGAGUGAAGUGCUGUACAAGUAUAACUAAAUACCUAUGCAUGGCGACAGA